AUGAAUGCAAGUAGUCAAUCAACAAUCGCAUAUCUUAAUUUCAUACGAUAUGAAUUAAAUCGUUAUAUUCCAAUAACAUUUCUUAUUUUUGGAAGUAUUGGUCAAAUAUUAAACAUAUUAGUUUUUACUCGUCCAAUAAUUCGAGCAAGUUCAUGUUCAAUUUAUUUUGUUAGUGGUAGUAUUGUAAAUUUUGUUUCUCUUCAUGUUGGUUUAAUAACACCUUUUCUCGGAAUCUAUAAUCUUGAUCCAACGCAAAUAUUUGAUAGUUUAUGUAAAAUACGUUAUUAUCUUCGUUUUUCCACAAUUACACUUUCAACAUGGUUUAUACUCUUAGCAUGUAUUGAUCGAUCAUUUUCAACUUCUAAUAAUGUUAAUAUGAGAUCAUUUAGUUCAUUACGUGUAGCUAAACGUAUUGUAAUUUUAGCUACUAUUAUUUGUUUUACUUGUCCUUAUACACAAGUAUUUUAUUGUUAUAGAAUAAAUCAAGACUCAUUGUGUGCAGUGAAUCCAACAUGUAGAUUAAUAAAUGACAUUAUUUUACUCGUAUGUAAUUCCGGUGUACCACCUAUAUUAAUGAUGUUAACUACUUUAAUAACAAUUCAUAAUGUUAAAUAUUCAAAUCAUAUUGUUGUUGGUCGCCGUCGAGAUGUACAAUUAAUACGAUUAUUAUUUAUACAAGUAUUUUCUUUAAUUCUAUUUUCAAUACCAAUAACAGCACAAAAAUUUUACGCAUGUUUGACUAUUUAUAUGGUAAAAAGUCCACUAACAAUAGCUAUUGAUAAUCUUAUGAGUGCAAUAGCUACGGAAAUUUCUUAUGUUAAUAAUAGUACAAUAUUUUAUACAUAUUCAUUAACAAAUAGAAGAUAUCGAAAAGAAGUUUUUCGUAUUCUAUUAUUAUUAUUUACAUGUUGUCAAAGUACUAAAAUACAUCCUGUACAAUUGAUUAAUUCGUCAAGAAUAAAUCAAAAUAAAAUGACUACAAAAAUGUUUAAUGAAUCAUAUCAAUUGAAUAUUCGAAAUAGGACUAAAAGACUUUGA